UAAGUAAUUCGGUUUGAUGCAGAUACAAACAGUUAUCGAUACAGGUUCGAAGGCAGUCUACAAUUUAAGAUGUUAUAGUUAACGCUCGACGGUCCCUGCAAACGGAGUUACCAGUUAAAAAGAGAAAUCAAUAUCAAAAGCUACCGUUACAUUGGAGCAUUUAUACGAAAGGCCAACUAAGAUAUGUGAUUCCCCACGUUAUCAUAUGCUUACCUCUUUAGUUAUUUGUGUUCUAGCCUGCAAUCCAUGAGCCGUCUUCUCAGCCUCUCGGACGAGCUCCUACUCGAGAUCAUUUCAUAUCUCCAGCCUACUCCGGAAAUCUUGCCAGCUUCCUUAUAUGACCACCCCUUCUACCGUAGGGAGUAUGAUAUUGGCACAACAGACUAUAAAGGCAUAACCCUGGCAAGGCGUCUCUUUCCGGUUCUACUAGUAUGCCGCCGGCUUUACGGUAUCGCAAUCGGGGCUCUGUAUCGGCACAUUCCCUUAUUCCUCCACGAAAAUCUCUCUCAAUCUUUUGCUUCUACCUUGUCGCUACAUCCUCAUCUAGCGAUUCAUAUAAGAUCCGUCGACCUUGACCUCCAUUGCUGUGCCGGCACCUCACAAAUAGAUGUGCGAGCUCUAUUUUGCCUCCCAAACAUCCAUACUAUUUCCUUGCACCGUUGGGAACAGAUGGAGGACUGGGAGUUACAAAACCAGGAUUAUGCCCAUACAUCAUCCGUCCAAGCCCUUCGAUUGAUGAAAUGCGCACUUAUCGAAGGGCCCUUGGCUCAAGUUUUAAGCUGGCCAACGGCCCUUAAGGAACUUUGGUACGAUUACGACCCGGAAAGCUAUAUUGAAUGGCCUCUGAACCUUUUUAGCUGUGAGCAGCUAGAACGGGCAAUAGCAAGCCAAGUAGACUCGCUAGAAACACUUAUUUUUACAGCAAACGAGGCGGACCUCUCCUUUGAAGAGGAGGCACCAAUCGACCUUCGCCAGUUCAGCAGAUUGAAAAGUUUGGCUAUUCCUCGUCCGUUACUUUUACUUUCGAAACAUUAUUCAGAGAUUCCAUGGGAACGCUUACCGAGAAGCUUACAGGUUCUUGAGGUUCGCCAUGGUGGAGACGAGAAUAUCGUCCGUAUAGUGUGUACUCAGACUUCAGGACCUACCUGGCUCAUUGGGAUAUCAGAGAACAGAGCUGCUUUCGUGCCAUCGCUAGAAAAGGUACGGAUUACGACACUAGGAGGGGAGUGUUUUCAAUGGACACUGGACCGUGACUAUCUAGAAACACAUGUAUAGGACUAUAGUAAUGGAGAAGAACGGCGCCCAUUAGUGAGAUUAAUGCAAAGUUUCUUAAGAGCCAAUAUUCGAUAUCUUAUAGAAGGCGGUAAGAGGUUCCAAACACGUCGUACACUACUAGAGAAGUAUCAGCCGCCCAUUCACGAAACAGAAUAGGGUCAAGGCGUACCUACUUACCAACCUUAUAUUGUUGAGCGCACUUACAACCAAACAACUCUAUAAACUUACUUAACAACUAUAUAACGUACAACGUAUCCCAUAAAACCAGCUCGUUAAGAUACCACGCAGGUCUAUCCUGAUUUAUUCGCUGAUGUCUAUAUCCGCCUAUACGUAUACCCAAGAAUACCAACCUGGCCACUUAAACCAACGACAGAAUGUCCAUCGCUUUCGACAACAUCCACAACUUCCGAGACGUCGGAAAGACCAUUAACGACCAUCUCGGCCAGAAGUAAGCUAUCGCAGACCAAGUCGCCUCUUCAAUACCAGUAAAAGACAUAGACAGCUAACUUUUUACCUCAGGGUAGUCCGAGAAGGCGUGUUCUUCCGAUCCGCGCAACCGGGUAAGAGAAAAGUUCCCUAUUUGUCUGCCUGUCUCUAUACCACCAACCACCGUAUUAACCCGCACGCUAGACGAAGCAUCCCUCAAAGACCG